AUGGCUUCUACUUCAUCUUCAUCAGUUCCAAAAAGCUUCAGAUAUGAUGUCUUUUUGAGUUUCAGGGGUGAAGACACCUGUAAAACCUUUGUUGAUCAUCUCUAUGUUGCUCUUGUCAAUAAAGGCAUCAUUACUUACAAAGACGAUGAGAAAAUUGAAAAAGGGGAAAGGAUCAAUGAGCAGCUAAUGAGAUCCAUCGAAGACUCCAGAUUUUACAUAAUUGUGUUCUCCAAGAACUAUGUGGCUUCAUCAUGGUGCUUAGAUGAGCUUGCCAAGAUCAUGGAGUGCCAAAAGAUGACCGAGCAUACUGCUUACCCCAUCUUCUAG